UGCAGCGCGGCGCCGUUUGAAUGGCGCAGGCUCCGGGCGCUGGGCCCCGGCGGUAGGGCUCCGUGGCUCCUCCUCCUCCCCCCUCGGCGUGGCCCGGCCCGGUACCAUGAGCGGCGCUGAUUUGAGAGAUUAUGGCAUCUGAAGCCCACAAUGUUAGAAAACAGAAAGUAUUACAUAUUGAAGGGCAUCCCGUUGAUCUCCCCAGAAAAAGAAUCUCUUCUUCCACUAAAAAGAUCAUGAAGGAGGGUAAGAAAUCUCCAAAACAGCUGGCUUCAUACACAAACAGAAUAACAGUUGGAAAAACGGUGACCAGUCCCCUCUCUCUUUUCAAAGUAGUAUAUUGUAAAAGAAAAGUUCAUUGUUAUUCUCCAAAGCCUUGUUACAGAAAGAAACAGUUCCCUAAAUCUAGGGGCUGUGACAUGGCAAAUAAAGAAAAUGAACUGGCUUGUGCAGGGAAUCUGCCAGCAAAACUUCAUGACAGUCGUACACACUUGCUGAAUUCUAGUGAUUCUGGCUCAUCUCAAACAGAAGGCCCCUCAUCCAAAUACAGUGGAUUUUUUUCAGAGGUUUCUCAGGACCAUGAAACGAUGGCUCAAGUUCUUUUCAGCAGGAAUCUGAGGCUGAAUGUAGCUUUAACCUUUUGGAGAAGGAGAAGUAUGAGUGAACUGGUAGCCUACUUAGUGAGGAUACAGGAUCUUGGAGUAGUAGUAGACUGCCUUCCUGUGCUUACAAACAGUUUACAGGAAGAAAAACCAUAUAUUUCAGUUGGCUGCUGUGUAGAUCUUUUGCCUUUAGUGAAAUCACUGCUUAAAAGCAAAUAUGAAGAAUAUGUGAUAGUUGGUUUAAACUGGCUUCAGGCUGUCAUUAAACGAUGGUGGUCAGAACUAUCUGCACAUGCAGAAAAGGCAGAAGAUGGAAAUAUUCAUAUUUUAAAACAACAAUUAAGCGUAUUAUGGGAACAGGAGAAUCAUCUUACUCUGGUUCCAGGAUAUACUGGUAAUAUAGCGAAGGAUGUAAAUGCUUAUUUAUUACAGCUACACUGACAUGAUUGGGAAACUAUGUGUGCUUAUGUGGUGAAACAAUCCCCUAAGUAUUCCUGAAAUAUGUACUAUUUCCAAAAGCCUUUUGAGAAAUACUGGCAGAAGACAACUGAACUGUCAAGCUGUUUAAUGAAACCACUAACAAAAUCCUAACAAUCUACUUCACAUUGAAGUGGAAAAAUGUCUAGUAGGAGCAACUUUUACUUCAGUGAGGUGAAAGUGCACUAUGAAAACUGUAUGCCUUUGCUGCAUUUGGGAUUCACUCAGUUACUAGGUAUUCAUUUAAAUGCUACUGUAUUUUACUACGUCUCAUAAAAGAAGAUGAAUUAUGCUGUCAUGAAGGCAAGACAGAAGAACCAACAAAACAAUCAGCAUUAAGAACUUUUAAACGUUUCUUUCACAAGAGGACUCCAAAAUGCACAACUAUCUUUCAAUUAUAAUAAAACCUUCAGAAUAUUCAAUUACUUCUAUGUUUUAAUCAAAUUAUUAAAGACAGUUUUUGUUUGCACUAUUGAGAAACUAUACAGCAAAGAUGCCUUAAUUACUAGUGUUUCAAAAAGCCAAUGUGUUAAGGUGCAAAUAGCUAUUAUGUUCAGAUUGUGAUGAAAAACUACAAAAAUCAGGGUUUCACAUUGUGUAGUUAAUGAAACGUUGCACAUAUACCAAGAUUCAUGUAUGAAAAAAUAUUAUAAAUACCUGAAGUUAAGCUUGGAUAAACAGUUAUUGCAAAUGUCAGCAGAAUGGUGAAUUUAUGUCUAACAAAUGUUUUUAUAUUGUACAUGGAUUUCUAACACAGUAAUCUUGUUCUGUAUCAUUUAAACUACAUGCAAAUAAGUAAAUAUAUUAAAUGUAUCUACUGUUUUUCUUUUCAAGUUCAUAAAAACAAUUUCUAGAAUAAUCUCUUCCACAGUACUUUUUAUCAUAGAUAUUUAUGUCUAUUGUUUGAAAUGUUUACAGCCAGAGAGGCCAUGUUAUUCAAAUCGCACCCUUUUUAUACUACCUCCUUCAAGAAACUGACAAAGAGCUUUUGCAAAAUUAAUCAAGUUCUAUCCUGAUGAAUGAUGCAAAGUCAUACCAACAACAGCAAUGAAAGUGCAGCUAUAAACUCUUUCACUGCCCUGUUGCUAUCCUGUAGUAUUUCAAUGUAAAAGCUAUAGUUUAAUAGCUCUGAGGGAGUUUGGAUUUUUUAGGCUCGCUAUUGCCUCCUUUUUAUUUGUGAUUAGGAAGCAUGCUUUUCCAAUUAAAAUUUAUGAAGUGCCAGUUGUUCACUUAAAACAUAAAUAUACAUGCACAGCAUGUAUCACCAACUUGUCUGCUUCCUUAAACGUAAGUACUUCCAAGGGUUGCUUUCAUACCUAGCAUUAAGCAUAUGCACUUUUAUUGAUGUGCAGGAGAGAAGACUUUCGAUAGCCCCAAGUGGUUUUUGCUUUACAGAUUAAAUAAAUGAAUUUUAAACUGUAGUGGUCAACAGCUUUAGGCCUCCUGUUGCUUCAUUUUGUAUUGAAUUUACGUAUCAUUAUUGCUGACUUCUAAAGGCCAACUAGAAAUCUGUCACUGGAACUUGGUGCUUCUAGUUAUUUGAAUAUUCUUUAAACCACCAAAGGCUUUGCACUUCCCAGGGCAGUUGGCUACAGGGAAGAGUUUCUGGGACAUCCCAAAAUGGAACUCUCUGGGACAAUCUCAAGAUAUGCACAUAGCCAAGUUCUUUUUGCUAGAAUUGUUAUGUACUAUUAGAGAUUUCAGAAUCAACCAGUUUUAGAUAGAACUUACUACUUUCCAGAUGGUCUUGCUGUCAAUUAAGAAAUUAAAGUUACUACAGUAUGAGGACAGUCUUGUAUUGCUUUACUGUUGAGCACUUAAAUGUAAAAGUAACAUAAAGACUAGCUUCGUAAUCUGGGUAGCAAUUGCUGAAACUUGGACUAUUCCUCAAGGAGAAUACUGUAAAGGUGAUGGAAACUCAGAUCUUACUUUCUCCUGGGUUUUUUUAAUAGACAGAGUAACUCAUGGCCAUUAAUUUUUGAUAAUACAAGAAGUAAUCAUUGUAAUUUAUUAACUUUAAAUACUCUAGUAUUCAAAAAUCCACCUUCAAUGUAGAUGUAAACACGUGGGCUUGUAAUGUAAAUCCAUGGCCAUGUGCAGAUUUCCAAAUCAUAACUGUGGAUGGUGCUUUUGUUCUAGUUGUAAGAUAAGAUUGAUUUCAGGAUUACUAAUGAGAAAUAUCUAAUAAAAUGCAUUAUUUUUAACUGCCAAAAGUUGUGUUUUGACAGCAUCAAUAAUACAGUAUUAAACAUUAAGUCAUUAGUAUCUGUGCCUUAUUUUAAAUUAAUUUUGUUACUGUUUUCAGGCAGCUACUAGACUUUAAGAACAGGAUUCUGGUGUCUCUCCAUUAUGAAAUAAUUUUUCUGUUAUGAUCUGAUGCUCAGGCACAGCUUGUAUGCUCUAGUUCUCAAAUGGCUAGGAAUCAGUUUUGCUGUAACAGAAUGUAUAUGUAUGAUAUCUGCUCAAAGAUGACAUAAGUGAAAUGUCUUAAUAGCUGUGUAACUCCAUGGAAUCCACAUAGUUGUCUCAGUGAAUCUAAGAAUUAAGUUUAUGAACAAUCAUGUCUGUAAAUGCUAAUCUUUGUGGUACUUUCUGAAAAUGCUGUUUCUAGGACGUGCCAAAAGAUGCAGGCAGAAUUAAUCCUUUAUCCUGUAUGUUCUUGUGAUGCAGAAGCAUAUAUAUACUUGAGGAUGAGGGAUGUCUCUGCAAAGCUGCUGUUCAUGUUGUUAUUACUUGAUACAAAGUUAAUGUAUUUGAAAAACUGUAUGUCGCCUCCCUGAUCCCUGAGAGUACUUGAGGCUGUUUUACUGAAAGAGUUUUUAUUUGAAGUAGGGUUUACCCAUCCCCUAAACUGAAAUUAAAAAAUCCUUCUGGAAACUACCUCUUUCUCCAAAGCUAAAAAAAAAAAACAAAACAAAACAAUAUUCUGUUAAUAUAAGAAUCAAAGCUUAGGUAUUGCUGAUAGCUUGCUGAAGAGUGGAGAUGGAAAAAGCUACGCCAUUAAUUAGCUGGGUACAAAGAAGCUAGUAUGUCUUAAUGAUUAUGGAUAGCUCCAUUUUGAAGGAGUUACACCUCUUUCUUAGUAAAGAGUACUCUACAGUGAAACACUCUUGUAUUACACAGGUACUGCAGUUCCAGGCUACUUAAUAGUACUUACAAAUUAUUGCUGCUAUUGAAAAAUUAGCAUCAGCCCUCCAGGAGCUUACCUUCUGCUGUGAGAUACAAUUAAAAUGAUCUUUCCCUUUCUGUAGGCUGCCUUAUUGUUAUCAGAGGCUGCAGUUCUAACACUUGGGGUACAGAAGGGAUGGGAGAAUAGGAAAGGACAAAAAGAGCACUCGUGCCCUGUGAUGAGGGACAUCAGCCCCACUGCAUUAUACCAUAUGUAUCUUAAAGCAGGCUCUAGUUUUCAUUUUGGGGUGCAUGAAGUAGGCAGCUUUGAAGUUACAGGUCUUUAUGCAUCUUUGCAUUGACGAGAUAAAGGUUUUGAAGAUGGAUGCUAUAGUGCUGAUUUGUAGUGUGUUCUGGGUUUUUUUUUCUUGAAAUGGUGAACGCUUUUGUUCAUAGAAACUUGAAAGUAUAUUGUGCAAAGCUUGCAUUUUGAAACUAGCAAGUGGUUGCUUUUGCCAGUUCAUCUUGCCAGAUCUUCCAGUUUUACAGAAGACUGAAUGUCUGUCAGUGUGGAGAUUUGCAGUUACACUUUUGUGCCCUGUUUCUUGGUACAAAGGGAAACAGGUGGUUCAUAGUCAACUAUUUCAGAAUACAAAACCAUGCAAAUCAUGCUACUGGUGUGAAGUUAUUCCAACUUUUGUAUAAUGCAAAUUCUUUAGUUUAUGAAAGCAGUUGGUUCUUAUGUGAAGGAACUUUAUAUUGAACUGAUGUUGCAUUAGAAGAGGAAAAAAAAUUAAGCAGUUAUUAAUAGCCUUGGUAAAAGCCAGACAGCAUGGUUUCAUUUCUGUCUUCAGUCUGCCUUCCUACACACAGUAAUCAUUGUAGGCUACAGAUAAAGAUUCACUCAGAGAAGAUUGAGCAUGCUUGUGUUGUUAGUGCUUAUAUUAUACUACUUUAAACAAUUUGUUUAUUCCACAUUAGCUAAAUGGCUUGGUCUUAGAAUGAGACCAAAUGCACGUAUUUAUUUCCCCCCCACGCAUUCAUUCUUCAGCACUUGAUGUUAUGUCUUCCUCUUCUAGUUUAAAUAUACUGUGAGUAUCUAUUGUUGGAAGUGGGGAGGGGAGGAUGAAAAUUCUAGAUAAAACAGAGGGCUAGCUAUUUAACACUAUUCAUUUUGAAGCAAUUGUGAAAAUUUUCCCUUUAAAACUUUUCACACAUUUUGUUAAUACCUACUGAAGUGGGCGCUCAUGGCUGCAAGUUUGAGUUUGAACUUGGAAAAAAAAAAAAUAAAGUGUUUUCACUCUAA